CAGGAAUGUGUGUGCCCCCACAACCCCUCUCUCACCCCCGGGGGAGCUGCGUUAUAUAGCCGCCUGUCCCGUCCCGUCCCAGCCCACUCUCCAUCCAAGGCGAGGAGCCCGUGGGUCUCCAGUCCCCGACAGAAGCCAGCGUUACCCUCAGGAUGUCCAAGACGGCGGCAGCUCCGGCCAAGAAGCCGGCCCCUCCCCCACCCGGCUGCACCAUCGACAUCAACGACCUCAAGGUUCAAGAUGCUGCCAUCAAGAUCCAGUCCUCGUACCGCGGACACAGGUCUCGCCGGGAGAUGCGUGAGACUGGACCGCCGCGAAUCCUGAAGGACCUGAAGGACGUGGUCCUGAUCGAGGGCAGCGCGGCCAGGCUGGACUGCCGGGUCAGCGCCUUCCCCGACCCCCUCAUCCGUUGGUUUAAGGAUGGCAAGGAGCUGAAGGACAGCCCCAAAUACCGCUACACGUUCGAGGACCCAGAUGUGGUGGCGCUGGUGGUGAGGGACGGGAUCCUGUCCGACCUGGGCAAGUACACCAUCAACAUCACCAACACCUUCGGGGAAGCGUACGAUUCCGCCAAGAUCAUCAUCGAAGUCCCAGGCAAGAUACAGAAGGGGCCAGAGAACGCAAAGGUCAAGGCUGGCCAGACGGUCAAGCUUGUGGCCCACAUCAGCGGCGAGCCCGAGCCGGACGUGGGCUGGACAAAGAAUGGAGCGGACAUCGAGGAGGAUGAACGUUUGUUCUACGACAUCGACACUGACACGACGACUCUGACGAUCAAAAACGCCACCAAGGCCGACACGGGGAAAUACGAUGUGUUUGUGGAGAACAGUCUGGGCAUGGACCAGUCCUUCGCCCGCGUCGACAUCAUCUGAUGCAGCACCUUGCCCCCCCCC